AUGUUUAUGAUGAAUCAUCGUAAGAAACGAGCUGAUGGCCGUCCUCGCAGGACAGGGGAGUCCCGUGUCCUGCAGGGGAAUGAAACUUUUUUAGCUCUUUCUAUGUCUGCUGAUGACUCUGAGCAGGACAGCUCGUGUGGCUCUGAAUCUCAGGAUGGAGACGUCCAGGAGUUCCACCUUUUACAACACAAUGGGUUUGAUGCACGAUACACAGUGGUAAAGAUGGUAGCGACCAAAUGGUACGGCGCUCUCUACACUGGAGUCCGCAAGGCAGACGGGAAAGAGGUCGCCAUUAAAUGUAUGAUCAAAGAUCCAGAGGAAGAACUCAUCACCAUCCCUGGACAGACCCAUAUGCUGCCUCUGGAGGUGGCGUUAAUGGAGCUGGUGUCCAGGCCUCCUCUCUGUGAGAAUGUGGUGAAGCUACUGGACUGGUUUGACUCGUCCACUUUCUAUAUCUUGGUGGUGGAGCGACCCAACCCCUGCAUACACAUCCGUGCAUUUUGUAAACUUUACAACGGUCGAUUGCCUGAAUCAGUGGCUCAGAAGGUCAUGCAGCAGGUGGUUCGAGCCGUUCGUCACUGCUACGAACAUGGUGUUUUUCACUGUGACUUCGAGCAGGAUCUUCUGAUCAAUCCAGACACACUGGAUGUGAAGUUGGUUGACUUUGCCUCGGCUGAGCCGAUGACAGACAAGCUCUACACAGACUUUGCAGGAAAUCCAGUGUUUCCUCCUCCUGAGUGGGUACAGGAUAGUAAAUACUUUGGAUUCCCUGCCAUCAUCUGGGGUCUGGGCAUUCUCCUGUAUGAGUUGGUCUGUGGAGAGUUGCCCUUUGCCAAUGAAGAGAAGAUUGUUAAGGGGCAUCUGUCAUUCGUUGAUGGUCUGUCUGAUGAGUGCUGUGACCUGAUACAAAAAUGCCUCAUUGAAAACCCUGAAUGUCAACCAACUUUCAAGGAAAUCUUAGACCACAAGUGGUUUGAGGAGGGACUUCAGAAUACGACCGGGUUGGUGACUGAAGAAGCUGAUGAUCAACCACUCAGGACAGGGGAGUCUGAUGUCCUGCAUUUGGAGGAAAGUUUUUUAGAUCUUUCCAUCUCUGCUAGUGACUCAGAGCAGGCCAGGUCAAGUGUCUCUGAUGAUGGAGAUGUCCAGGAGUUCCACCCUUCACAACACAGUGAGUUUCAUGCGGGCUACACUGUGGUCAAGGUGGUAGCAACUGAACGGUACGGCGCUCUCUACACUGGAGUCCGCAAGGCAGAUGGGAAAGAGGUCUACUGCAUAUUAUAA